AUGGUCGGUCAGGGUUAUGAUGGCGCUGCGUCCAUGAGUGGAAAUCUUAAAGGCGUCCAAACUAUUAUAAGGGAAAGUCAUCCAGCAGCACUUUACGUGUAUUGUAGUGAGCACUCUUUAAAUUUAGCGCUAGCUCAUUCGUGCAAUGUUCAAUACGUCAGAAAUUGUAUUGGUACAAUAAAAUCUAUUGGAAAUUUCAUUAAAAGUUCGGCUAUGCGGACAAAUAUAUUAAAAACUAAAAUAAAAAACAUUUUACCUAAUAGCAAGUGGAAUAAACUGACAUCAAUGUGUGACACUCGUUGGGUUGAAAACCACAACGGAAUUCAAAGAUUUGUUGAAAUUUUCCAACCCAUUGUUGAAACUUUGGAAGAAUUACAAUUAGUUCAAGACAUCAAUACGUCAUCAAAAUCAAUUCAAUUUUAUCGAGCAAUAGUUACUAGUGAAUUUAUAUUAAGUAUGGUUACAUCAAAUACUCUGUUUUCCAUGACACUUCCACUGUGUAAAAGUUUACAAUCAGUUAGUUGUGACUUAGUAGAAGCUGUACAACAUAUCGAGAAAAUACUAAACGAAUUAAUUCAUUUACGUGAAAAUAUUGAUCAUACGUUUAAUGACAUUUUUGAAAAAUCUGAACUUCUUUUAAAAUCUAUUGAUGGAGAAGAAAAUAUUAGAAUUCCCAGAAUACUUUUGCAAUACCAUUUUUUUGAUGAUUUUAUAAGACAAUUAAAAGAACGCUUCACUAACCAUAAAAAAAUAAUAUCUUCGCUGUGCUUUUUACUUCCCAAUAAAUGUACUAAUUCUGAAUUAGAAGCAAGUGAUUUCGAAUUAUACUCAGAGUUUUUAGAUUUGGAUGCACUUUUGAACGAGUUAAAACUUUGGAAAAGAAAAUGUUUUGGCAACUUUACCAGUAACUACGGCGACACUGGAAAGAACUUUUUCGACGCUGAAAAGAAUAAAAAAUUACCUAAGGAAUGCAACUGGAGAAGACCGAUUGACUGGCCUAGCCUUACUCAGUGUACAUAG